AUGGCAUCCGAUGAAGACCGUGUACCAAAAUUUGUUCAUAUUGAUGAACAAUAUGGAAAUAAAGGAAAUGAUCCAAUAUUAUUUGGUUUUGAACAAGAACUUAAAUCUGUUACUGUACGUUAUGGUGAUUCAGCAAGAUUUGAAGCUAAAAUACGUUUAAUAUCAACAUCUUCAAAUAUUCAAAUUGAUCGAUCUUUAUUAAAUAUUGAAUGGCGUUUAAAUGAUAUACGUAUAACAAGCGACAAUGAUUCAAGAUAUCGAUUUGAUUCAAUACAAGAAGAGAAUCUUUAUUGGAUGGAUAUUCGACAAUGUGAACAACAAGAUGAAGGAGUUUAUACGAUUUAUAUUAGUUAUGAUCAUGAUAAAUAUCAUGAUGAAUCGAGUGCUUAUCUCUUUGUUGACAGCUUUAUUACUGAAAAGGAGGAGCAACCUGAUCAAAUAAGUCAACGAGGAUUAACUGCUGGUGAUUCAUGGUCAUCAGCAACAUCUCUUGAUCGUUUUAUUCCACCAACAAUAACACAACCUCUUCUAUCUACUUAUCGAUAUCGUUCUGGUGAUAGAGUACAACUUCAAGUUGAAUAUUUUUCACCAUCAGUACAAUGUCAUUGUACAUGGCAAGUGCAACAUAUAGGUGAUGCUGCACCACAACUAAUACAAGAUGGAUCAAUAGUUAAUACAAAUUAUUCAUCAACAUUAACUAUUGAUUCUAUAACACCUGAAUUACAAGGUGUAUAUCUAUUUCAAGUUGAAAAUGUUUAUGGACAAGCUAUGACACAAACAUAUAUUAGUGUCGAUCAGGAGGAUAUUGAUGACGAACAACAAGAAUAUCAAGAAGCAUUUGAAGAACCACCUAUUAAAAAGAAACAUCUUGAAGAUGAGAGUCAUUUACAAUUAAUGGGUCCAUUUCAUAAACGUAUAUCAAUGAUGCAUCAUAUGCCAUUAGAUGAAUCAUUAAGAGAUGAAGCUCUUAAAGUUCAUCUACCUGGUGAAAUAACAGAAGAAAUUAUUAUUCAUACUGAAUUUAUUCCACCGACGCCACGAUUAUCAUUAAUUGAAGAACAAUCAACAGAUUUACCUAUUAAACAAAAUUUAUUAAGUGAACAAAUUCAAACUGGAGAUACAUAUAAAAUUGAAGAUGUUGACAUAAAAAUUACGAUGGAUCAACAACAAUUACAACCUGAAAAGAAAUCAGCCGAUCAAAUUCAAUUCGAUCUGCUACUUCCAUCGUUAUUAAGCGAUAUUGUACCGAAAUCUAUUCGUGAGGACAUUCCGCAAACAACUGCUUUAAGAGUUCAACAACAACAACAACAACUGACUCGACCAACAGAUGAUAAUCUAACUGUUAUCGAAAAAUCACAAACUAUAACUUCAGUACCUAUUGCACUUGAUACAGCUCUUAGUAGUGUUGAACAAUGGUCAGAUGUAAUUUCUGAUCAUGAUACUUUUGUAUUACCAUCAUUUCGUCAAGCUUCACGUAUUUCACAUUUAUCAACAUCAGCUAAUGAAUAUGAAGAUGAACAACAUAUUGCACAUCCUUUACGUCAACGUUUAUCUAUUGGUUCAAUUCGAACAUCGGACAAAGUAGAUACUAUACAACAACCUGAAGUAGGUCCAUAUGUUCCAUUACUUGAUGAAAGUAGUAUUGCUCUUAAUCAAUUUCGUCUACCUGAAAUACCACAAUCAUAUGAAUAUAAAGCACCAAUCGAUAUUAAACAAGAACCAAUUGCUCUAUUACGAACUAGUGCAUUGGCUAUGAGUAGUGAUGAUAUGGAAAUUCAUGAAACACCUAUCAAUAUCAGUCAUAUACGUCAUCAAGAAUCAGGAGGUACUAAACAAAGAGCUACAUCAAUUUCACAACCAAGUGUCACUAUUGAUUUUUCUAUACUUGAUGAAAGUCCUCUUCAUCUCGAUCAACUUCAACGACCAGAAUUAUCACAAUCAAUUGAAUAUAAACUUCCUGCUGAUAUUCAAUUAUCAACUAGUUCAAUUCUUACGACAACUUCUGCUCUUAGUCAAGAAGAACCAGCAGAAGAAACAGCUAUUAAUAUUACUCAAUUUAUUCAAUCUACUGCUCAAGAUUUGCCUGUUUCCGAAACAAAAAAACAACAAGUAUCAACAAUUAUACAACCAAGUCUUAUUACUGAUUUACCGGUACUACAUGAAGCAGUUGUGCGUCUUGAUCAAGUUCAUCGUCCAGAUGCACCACAAUCUAUCCAAUAUAAAGCUCCGGCUGAUAUUCAACCAUCAGUUGGUACUAUUCUUACAACAGCUUCUGGUCUUAUUAGUGAAGAACUAGCACAUGACACACCUGUAAAUAUUAGUCAAUUACGUCAACCAAUAGCUAAAGAUGUCUCUGUACAUGACACAAUUCAACAACAAGCAUCAUCAGUAAUGCAAUUAAGUGCAGCGACAGAUUUAUCUAUAUUUGAUGAAACUUCAAUUCAUGUUGAUCAAAUUCAUCGUCCAGAUGCACCACAAUCUAUCCAAUAUAAAGCACCUGCUGAUAUUGAACCAUCAAUCGGUUCAAUUCGCACACAUACUUCUACUCUUAGUAUAGAAGAACCAGCACAAGAAGUUCCUAUUAAUGUUAGUCAAGUACAUCAAGCGACUGCGCAAGAAUUAUCUGAUGAAAUAAAACAACGUGCUUUAGAUAUUUCACAACGAUCUAAAGAUAUUGAUUUGUCAUCACUUGAUGAAACUGCUAUUAAUAUAGAACAAUUUCCUCAAGCUGAAGAAUCACAAUCAGUUGAAUAUAAACUAUCAACUAAUCUUAAACAAGUAUCAGCUACUUUAUUUAGCACUCCAUCUGUAUUAGCAAGUGAAACUGAACAUGAUGAAGCAAUUUUAACUUCAGUAGAAGGUUAUCAACAACAACAAGGACAUAAAACAUAUCGACCAGCAGUUAUCUCCGAUUUGUCAUUGGCACCUGCAGAAGAUGAAUUUGCUGAAUUACCAUAUGAAAUUCAAUUGCAACAACAACGUUUACUUAAAAUGCCACCUAAAUUACAUGAACAACCUAUACUUAUUCAAAGUCGUACAUCAAUUAUCGAAGGCGAUGAUGAAACACAAUCAACAAUGAUUGGUCAACGUCGUCAAAUGAUACCUUCUGUACCAAAAGAAGAAGAAGAAGAAGAAGAAGAAGAAGAAGAAGAAGAAAAAUCAAUCUCUCCAGAAACAUCAAUGAAUGUCGAUGAAGUUAUUGAAACAAUUUAUUUAGAAGAUGAAUUACUUGAACCUAAGAAAUCAAUCGUUAGUGAUAUUCCGGUAUCGACUGACGAAGAUAUAUCAUCUUUAGUUCCGACAGUCGGUGAAGUUGUACCUUCAAUCGAAGAGGUACCUCAAACUACGGACAAAGAAAUAUCUAUGCAAAUUAAUCAACUCGAAACUGUGCGUUCAGACCAAAGUAUUAACGAAGAAUUACAAUCAUCACUUAACCGAUUAGAUCAAGUUUCAUUGACACAACCAACUUCUCGUGAUUUACAAACAACAGAAGAAAUACUUUCUUCUGCUACUAUAGAAAAAGCACCGGAAACAUUAGUGCCAGAAAAAAUUGAAGAACCACUCGAAAUAACAUCGAAAAAAAUUGUUGAUUAUAUUGAAAUACCACAUUCAACAACAGAUUUAGAUAAAAAUAAACCUGAAGCUAUCAUCGUUAUAGAUGAAAUGACACCAAGUGAAGGCAUUUCACGUGUUGCAGAUGCAACAAGUCAUAUAGCUCCAUUUGAAAGUUUACCUACAGUAGAUUUCACAACAGAAACUAUUCAACAAAUACAAGGUGAUGUGACUUCUGAACAAUUUUCUCUUUCUGCUCUAAGUGACAAAGGUGAAAAAUCAUUGAAAGAAUCUGUAGAAUCUUUGUCUGUUCCAGCACAACCGAAUUUAUUGCCGUUGGCAACAAUGCCCGAUGAAACAACAGAAGGAGAUAAGCUACGUACACCUGAUAAAAUCGUUCAAGAUGUUCUCGUCGCUGCACUUGAACCAACAAGUGUCAGUCAAGUCGAACAUACUGCACAAACUAUACCAACGUCUUCAUUGACUCAACUACAGACAGCAAGUACUUUUCAAACUGUAUCUUUCGAUCAAGAUGUUUCUAAAGAUACUACAAAAGUCCAAUCCGUCAAAACAGCAUCACCAGUACCUGUUUCGAUGGAACCUGAUCAAUUCUUUGAUGCUGAAUCAGAAUCUACGGGUGAAAUAGCAAAAACCGAAAUUAAAAAAAUAACGUCAUUUCAUGAACAACCAAUCACUCUUGCCGCAGUAGAAAAGUUACAACAUGAUGUAGCUGUUGAACAACAAAUGGAUGAAUUUCAUGAACCAGAACUUCCUGUAACAUCAAUAGAGGCACCACUUACUGGUGAACCACAACCACUUGAAACGUCAUUAGAACAAACCACAAGUGCUACAAAAGAGAUACCAUCGAAAACACAAGUUCAGGAACAAAUAAAACCUGUUGAAAGUACAGGUCUCCUACAACAAGAGUCUGCUUUACCAACGCAAGAGCAAGAAGUAGCACAUGCGGCACAAUUACUAAUGAAAAUCAUCGAUGAGCAAAAGCAAACAAGAAUCGAGCUACCAGAAACGACACUACCUGAUGAAGAAAAAGUUCCACAACGGGAAAAGCCACAGCCGCAACCAGUCGAAGUACAAAAAGACGAAGUUGUUGAAAAAAUACAGCUGCUACCGACUCCAACAUCACAGCCAGGCAAAACACAAACAAUCGAAACGGUUGAACAAAUAAAACAGCAACCGAGUCUAACACUGCAGCCAACCGAAGUACAAAUAGUCGAAACAGUUGAGCAAAUACAACCACAACCGACUCCAGAGUCGAAGCCAGUUGAACAACUACAACAACCAACUCCGACACCGCAACCAGUCAAAGUACAAACAAUCGAAACGGUUGAACAAAUACAAUUGCAGCCAACUUCAGAGCUGAAGCCAGUUGAACAAAUACAACAGCAACCGACUCCAACACCGCAGCCAGACACAGUGCAAACCGUCGAAACGGUUCAACAAAUACAGCUGCAGCCGACUCCAACUCGUCCACCAGCCGAAGUACCAAAAUCCGAAGCAGUUGAAAAAAUGCAACUGCAACAAGUUCCAGAGUCAAAGCCAGUUGAACAAAUACAACUACAACUGGCUCCAGAACUAAACGCAGCCGUAGACAAAAAAGCAGAACCAUCUGAAGGCAUAGAAUUAAAACACGCGCCAGAAGUGAAACCUGAGCCAUUUAUCGAAAAAAAACCAGAAGAAGCCGAACAACCACGGCCCAAGCCGGCUUUAGAAGAGACAACGAAGUUAGUGGAAGAGCAAAGAGCAAAAGAGCCUAAAGAAACACAACCGGAACUUGGUUUAGAACGUAAAUCGGUGCUACUCGAAGAACAAAAGCCACAAACAGUUCAACAACCACAACUGAAACUGGCUCCAGAAGAGAAGCCUAAGUCGCCUGAACAAGAAAAAGUCGAGCAACCUGGACAGUUACAAUCAAAAAAGACUCCUGAAGAAAAGCCGAAGCCACUCGAAGAAACGAAAGACAAGAAAGUUGAACAACCACAACCGAAGCCAGUUCCAGAAGAACAGCCUAAGCUGGUUGAAGAAGAAAAAGUCAAACAACCUGAACAAUUAUUGGUCAAACCGGUUCCUGAAGAGAAACCGAAACCAGUUGAAGAGCAAAAGGGCAAGACACCCGAACAGCCACAAAUAAAACCAGUUCCAGAAGAGAAACCAAAGCCAAUCGAAGAACAAAAAGCAAAAAAACCUGAAGAAGUGCAACCGAAGCCGGCACCUGAAGAGACGCUGAAGCCAGUCGAAGAAAAGAAAGUUGAGCAACCACAACCGAAGUCGGUUCCAGAAGCACAGCCUAAGCUGGUUGAAGAAGAAAAAGUCAAACAACCUGAACAACCAUUGGCCAAACCGCUUCCUGAAGAGAAACCAAAACCAGUUGAAGAGCAAAAGGGCAAGAAACCUGAACAGCCGGAGGUGAAAGCAGUUCCAGAAGAGAAACCAAAGCCAAUCGAAGAACAAAAAGCCACAAAACCUGAAGAAACGCAACCGAAACCGACACCUGAAGAAAAGCCGAAGGCAGUGGAGGAAAAGAAAGUUGAACAACCACAACCGAAGUCGGUUCCAGAAGAACAGCCUAAGCUGAUUGAGAAAGAAAAAGUCGAACAACCCUUGGCCAAACCGGCUCCCGAAGAGAAACCGAAACCGGUAGAAGACCAAAAGGUCAAGAAACCUGAACAGUCACCGGCGAAGCC